AGCAAGGCAACAACCCCUUCUCUCCUACCAUCACAAAUAGACACAAUGGGCACUCAACAAUCAUCAAAGACAAGACAGCAUAGACAAGACGUGGUUGCAAAAGGAGCAUUAAACCUACCGUUGUUGAACAGAUUAUCCGGUAAGCGUGUAAUCUUGGCAAGUGCAAGUCCAAGAAGACAAGAAAUUUUGGCCAGUAUAGGAUUGCAUCCUGAAAUCAUACCUUCAACUUUUGAAGAAAAUUUACCCAAAAGUGAAUUCAAAGGACCGGCUGCAUUUGAAUAUCCAGUAGAAACAUCAACUCACAAAGCACUUGAAGUGUAUAAACGAUUAGUAGAGCAAGACGAAGAUGAUCCCCCAGAUAUAGUCAUUUCCGCUGAUACAGUUGUGGUGAAAGAUGAAGAGAUCUUGGAGAAGCCAUUGGAUCCUCUGGAUAACAUGCGUAUGCUUGCAGAACUGAAUGAUGGCAAGUGCGAAGUGAUCACUGGAGUGACAAUCGUUCAUCCCGUCUUAGAAGCGCCAGGGUACAAGGUUCGAUCUUUAUCCGAAAGAACAGUGGUUCGAUUUGCCACUAAUCCGGCACAUCUUUUGCAAGCAUAUGUCGAUUCUGGAGAAGGUCUAGACCGAGCCGGAGGAUUUGCCAUUCAAGGAAAAGCGUCUUACCUCAUUCGAGGCAUAGAAGGUGACUAUAAUAACGUUGUUGGAUUCCCUCUGCAUUCAUUCUGUUCAUUCAUGCAUGAGCUAAUAGAAGAUGAAGAGUUGACUUUUGUAUGAUAAUUUAUUGAUUGAAAAUGCAUACAUUUUGUCAGUCAUGAUCACUAUCUAUCCCAAUACUUCAUCUCCAA